AUGGUACGCAAUCCGAAUCAGGGCGUCCGUGAAUUCAUCCUGGAUUUGCUCACUCAAGCUGCAAAGUGUGAUUUUGGAGAUUUAUUAAACACGCAAAUGAAAGAUUGGCUGAUCGCUGGUAAUAACAAUACCGUUUUGCAAAAUGAAUUUCUGAAACUACCCAAUCCAACGUUCAAAGAUGUGCGGGCUUAUUGUGAACAAUAUCAGAAAAUUUGGGCCGCUACUUCAUCUUUACCGUUCACCAUUGAGUCCACAGCCAUGUUCAAUUCAUUUACGACUAAAUCCAUGAAAGCUCAUGCUACAGCCGGACGUUUCAAACCGGUUACACAAUCCAACUCACACAAUGUGACAUUCGGAUAA